GAAGACAUUUAUAAACCAGUACAUUCAAAUAUGAACAAGGCAGAAUGAGAUAACACUGAUGUGGCCCUGUGAUUUCUGCUAACACGCCUUCAUUUCAUUACUGUUAAAUUUGCUCAGUAGUUCAAUUUCAGUGCAUGACUAUUUAAAAAUAACCUAAUGGAGGUUGGCAAAAAAAAAUUAAAAAAAAGAAACAAAAACAUGACACCAUCAAUGAUUUUUUUCAACUGAUAUUCAUAAGGUUCUCAGCGCGCGGCCCGGCGUGGUACAUAGCGUCCUGGGGCUUGAUGGGACUGCAGGAGGGUGUGCUGGAAAGCCUUUGAGGAGCCCUAGAGCAUGCCAAGGGAGCUCAGGGAGUACUGCAGGGUGUCCCAGAGUUGGGUCUGGCAUUCUGGGAAGCCUCUCACGCAGUGAGAAGCCUCUAGGGCACGCCAAGGGGCACGGACAGGCUCUGGGAUUUCGCUGGGGUGCCCGAGAGUCCGUUGGGUGACACGCUCCGUAGCUCUGGGGCACGUCUGGGCCUCUGUAGGGGCCCUGAGAAACCUCUGGGGCACAUGAGGGUGCCACUGGGUUCCACGGGAGUGUUCCAGGGUGCCCAGAGGUCGAGCGGGGAGCCCUUGGAGACCCCUUGGGAAGGCUCUAUGGGGCCCUAGAGUGUAGGAGUGCCUUGUCUUGUUGGCAGCUGAUUGGCUGGGAGGCGAUUCCCCUGGUGUAAUUAAUUAAAUUACUUAAUGGUGCUCUUCAACAUUGAUCACAGGUUUGUUUCAUUCCAAGGUACUGCUGUCAUGCAGCUGCUGCAGUGUUGCUGAGAUAUGUUGAGUUCAUUCAAAAUUCCAUUGAUGCUCCUACAGCAGCCGAGGUGUGCUUCCAGAGGAGUGCGAAAACAGCUGUGAGAGAUUGAGCAUCGGACCAAAUCUGGAACUGGUGAUAGCAGAGAUAUCAAGAAUAGCAUGGAAGAUGGCAGGUUGCGUUUCCUUAAAGACAUAUUUCACCAGGCUUCAUUGAUACGUAUGUUGAAGUGCCAACCAGUACAUUUAUUUCCAUGUGACAGACCUUAUAUACCAUUCAGAGCUUUAUUUGAAAAAAACAAACCAAAUAGUUUGGACAGAGAAGUGCGUUACAGUUCAGUGCAAGACUUGAAGUGUAGAAUGUGGUCCGAGUGAAUUGUGGGAGGAGGUGUUUUUGCACAGUUAAAUCAGAGUCUGUGUUUGAUUCAGACACAUUAAGUGGCAUUGAUGGAAAACAUCACGGGUUGGGGCAAAACACAAGAGCUGUCAUAGCUGCGGGAAGUAUCAUAUGUGGGAUUAAAGGGCUGAGACUGUGUUCAUCUUACAUAACACACAGACAAAAAAUCUACCCAGAGAUGGAAGACUGCUUUGCGUUCCCUAAGCCAUAAGGCAGAGUGGCAAACAGAGUAAUUCCGUCACUGGUGGCCGUGUGUGAUGCUGCACGCAGUUGCACGGUGGUUCUUUGCGCUGAGAACAUUGCUUGGAGCGAUGUUCUUCCUUUAUGCUUUGCUGGGAGUUACUCAUGUUCUGGGCAGGAGAAGUCGCAGGGCUGCCCUGUGCGGUACCGGUGUGCUUCUGGUGACAGAAGGUGACGCGACGUGCACGUUGCAGCCUGUAGGAAUGUGGGAUCUGUUCCUGUGUCCUCAUGGCCACGGCACGCGAGAGGAGGAAGCCUGGUGGUUUUUCACUCCACCAAGUUUGCUUGCAAGAGCUUUCCACGUGGAGAGAACGUUGCCCUUGCUUUCUUAGUGCUUCUCAUUGUUUUGUGUUGUUGCUGCAGCUGGCUAGGGAGCAUCUCCAUAACCUGUGCCCUUGUGCUUGGUCUCCAGCUUCAGCAUGACACCAUCAAUUCCAGGAUAUGUUUUUCUUUCAAUUUUUUAACAGAUAUUCAUAAGCAUGUGCCACAGGUUCCUGGGGCUUGGAGAAGGUUUCUACGGCUUUCUGUGCCCUUUCUUAGUUUUUUCCACAUUCCCGCUUUUUCCCCUCCUGUUGUAACGUCGUGUUCUUGUCGUGUUCUAAAAAGCAACGGAGAGCGGAUGGCCGGAGACCGUGGUACGGGCCGCGUGAAAGGCACGGCACAAGUUGUUUCUGCGGUCUGCGCUGCCACCGCGUGGUCAAUCCGCGGCAGUGCCGCUGUCCCGGUUUGGUGCGGCUGGACGCAUGCGCGCAGGCACGCGGAAGUGGCGCGUCUCCGUCGUGGUCGCUUUGCGCAGCUAACCCGCCAGUCUCUAUUGUGGUUAUUCCUCCAGGCGACAGUGCGCAUGCGCCCGACAGCGAGUAAGCGGCACCCGUUUCUGCGAGGCGCUGAGGUGCGGGCUUGCAGUCGGGGCUUGGACCGCCGGCUCAGCGAUGUUCUCCCGCCGCUUCCAAUCCAGGCUGCCCCUCGCCUAUUUCCUCGGGCGCUGUUACGCCCGAGCCCGCCCUGGGACCACGGGCCGCUUCUGCUCCAGGCGGCCCCCGCGCGCGCCGCGGCACCCGAUUGGCUCGGCGUGGCACGUGACCGUCAGCCGCGUGCCCUAGCACCGCGCACGCGCGCUAGCGGAGCGGUCUUCGCCGCUGCCACGCGUGGAAGAGGCUUCGGAACCGCAGGCGCUCGAGGGCGGUGCGGGCAUCUGUCUCGCCCCGCUGCUGCGCUCUGCGCCGUCCUUCAUCCGUUCCGCGCUCUCUUUCGUCUCUGCCCACGUUCGCAGCCCCGGGAAUGUACCGGUUCGGCUCGCGGCUGCCCUCGAGCGCCUCGCGGCAUCCGAUUGGCUCAUUGCCGCGGUGGACUGACAGGCGUCGCCGUCCACUCCCAGCCCUGCCCCGGCCCCCAGCCGUUCAAAAGGGCUCUCGGCCGCGGUGGGAGCCGAGCAGCUCGGGGAUUGGUGGCGCGCGGUGCUGUCGUUGAGCGGCCGGGGCAGCGCAGCGUCCCUGGAGCGGCACGGAGCGGCUCCGGGAUCGCUCUAAGCGGCGUGCUGCCGACUUUCCUAGGAGCCGCUGAACGGGCUUUUCCACCGGUCCCGUCCCGGGCAACCGAGCCCCUUCGCGUCGCAGUGCCUCAGGGCUCCGGGCACCCCCGCCGUGCGCUGCAGGGAGACAGCAGCAGUUCCUACAACGGAGCGGGAAGCGAGCGGGAGAACGCGUCGGGCCAGAUUUGUAGGGCAGCCGAGAGCCGCGGAGCCGCUUCGGUGAUGACUUGUGGAAACAAACUUCACAGCUGGGGAAGGUUGUAAAGCAGGUACAGCAGUUGUUUAAUAGAGACUUUGGAGAAGUUUUCAGUAUCCAGUCUCCUCAUAAGG